UGUACACUGAAGUGAAUUAUUGGUGAAAUUGCGCAAUUUAAACACGCAGCCACUUCAAAAGCAGAAUCUUGAAGCUAAAGAAGCCAGUAAUGACCACAAGCAACAGCUCUUCAGUUCUUAAAGAUGUGGUUGCCUAUGUUGAUGUGUGGUCAUCUGACAAAACAGCAAACUAUUCAAAACCAUUUGUUCAGCAGCUGCAGGAAAUGGGAGCUCAGGUAUCAAAAACAUUCAAUAAACAAGUCACACAUGUAGUCUUCAACAAUGGUCAUCCAGCUACGUGGAGGAAAGCCAAGAAAAGUAAUGUGCGUCUUGUCUCAGUUCUUUGGGUUGGCAGGUGUCAUGAUGAUGGUGCGCAUGUGGAUGAGGAGUUAUAUCCAGCCUUAAAUGAUGAAAGCAAUCCUAUACUGAAGAACAAGAAACAUCGUUGUAUGCAGCCAAAAGAUUCUCCAGAGAGGACACCUGAAAAUGACAGGCGCAUGAGGAAAAAAUUAGACAAGCUUAUGAAAGACCUUGCUCCAAAACAACCUCUGGUUACGGAUGUGUCGCCCAUCAUCAUUGACGAGGAGAAUGGAAUAGUCUACAGCCCUGCAUGGAAAAGGUCGGAUUAUAUGGCACAGCGUUUGAAAGACAUGAAAGACAAACGGGAAAACCUCUCACCCACAGCUUCACAAAUGAUGGAAUCCUGCUCACCCACGGGGCUGAAGCCGUCUCUUGGGAGCACACCAACUGUCUUCAAAUUAAUGUAUGAGCAGUCAGAUGAGGACUCCAGUGCUUCUGUGGCUGAGCCUGGUUACUCCCCUGAUAAGGAAGAGGGGAGAACGCACCUUGAUGUUAAAAACCACGACCAUCUUGAACAGUCCCACAGGAAAGACUCUAUGAAGCCCUGGCUCUCACCCUGCCGUGAUGUGCCAAGACAGACUUCAGGUGUCAAAGACUGUCUUGACUUCGAGGACAAAGAGGAUGCAGAAGGGAAUAGACGAAAAAAACCCAGAAAGACCUCCAUCAGAAAAAAGGCAUCAGUGAAACCCAAAUCUGUAGACUUUUUGGAAAGUCCCUGCCAGGACAGAAGAUCUGACAACAGCAAGAGUCUUCAAAGGGAAAGCAGGCGUUCACAGGUUAAACUAUCAAGCCCAUCACCUAAUAAAGUGGUAAAGGGAAAGCAAAAAAUUACAGCAACUAAAUCCUUCACAGACACUGGGUCCCAUAUUUAUCCCGACACUGUGAAUUCUUCAAGUUCAUCAGCUAUGUUAGAUGAUGCUGCAGCUGAAACUGCUCCUCCGUUACAGAAAAUGGGACAGAAAACUCCUAAACGAGGCAGAGAGUCACUUUCUGCCAUGGCACAAUCUUUCUCCCUAUCUUUAGAAUCUAGAAAUGUUGCUUCACGUUCCACUGAUGGAGAUGAUAAUGUGUUUGAGGACUUUUUCUCUCCAGCUAAUCGCAACCAGAGACCAAAAAAACCUCUUUUGCCUGAUCUACCUGUGGACAGCGACAUUCAGAUACCCUUUGACUUGGGCCCUGUCCCAAAGAAGAGAAAACAAAGGAGAAGUGAAAGCUUUGGAUCUGAUGGUAAAAAGAAGAGGAAACUGGAAGACGGUCAGAGUUGCAAACAUCUCAAUCAGCAGUCUGAUGCAAGCAGUGAGUCUCAGAGUCAUCAACAACAGGAUGUCAAAGAAUCUCUGCCUGCACUGGAUCGUGUCGAUGAAACUCUAACUGCCAAAAGGCGAAGACAAAGUACUUUGGCAUUUACACGCACCAGCAAAUCUACAAGUGACACUGUGAAACAAAGAACAGCGUCGAUGCCAGUGCAACCGACAGUGUUGCCAGAGAAGAACACAGUACUGCAGAAAAACUCUGAUUUUGAUGUUCUUUCUCACACCUUAGAAAAUGUAGGAAAUGAAUGUAGAGUUGCAGCUGGUUUCACAGAGGUCUCAUCUGAAGCUGAAGAAAAUCACAAUAAGCAAGACAGCUCAGGUCUUCAGAAAAUGGUCACCAAAACAAAGGUGAUGAGAUCACUGGUCAUGACAAGCAUGCCCACUGAGAAGCAGCACACAGUCACUCAGGUGGUAAAAGCACUGGGUGGUUUUUCAAUUGUGGACAGAGUUUGUGAGAGCACAACUCAUGUGGUGUCUGGGGGACACAGACGGACUCUCAAUAUUCUGCUGGGCAUAGCUCGUGGCUGUUGGAUCCUCUCCUUUGAAUGGAUUCUAUGGAGUUUGGAGCAAAGGCAGUGGAUUCCAGAGGAACCUUAUGAACUUUCAGACCAGUUUCCUGCAGCACAGAUCUGUCGUCUCCAGAGGCACCUGUCCGCCGGGGAGCACCAGCAGGACCUGUUCCAAGGCCAGCCAGCCAUGUUUGUGUCCCAGCACGCCCAGCCGCCCGCUCAGAGUCUGGUGGAGCUGAUUGAGCUCUGUGGAGGGACAGUCUGCAAAACUGUGCGGCAGGCUGGCAUCUGCAUAGGGAAGUACAGCGGCAGGAGACCAGAGGGAAGCAGGAUCCUGUCUGAGCAGUGGGUGCUGGACAGUAUCACACAUCUGAAGAAGCUCUCAUAUGAUAGCUAUGACUUGGAAUGACAGCUGCCGGAUUUUUCUUUGACUGUGAAGUUUAGUUUUAUGAAUAUUAUGCUGGACAGUACCUCAUCAUACAAUAUGCUCUCAUUGCAGCCACACAGCGUUCCUCUUGUGCAGGUUUAUCAAUUUGCUUUGCAAAUAUGUUCAGGGGCUUUACAUAAAUUCUCACAAAUAGUCUAAUUUCAAAGACUUUUAGUUCCUGGUUGCUAUGGAAACCUGUUACUUCUCAGGACUAUCGAAUAUUCAGAAAUGGUCGACUGUGAAACAUGGAAAAUGGCUUUGACAGUCUGUAUGUCGAUCCCUUAUCGUUUGCAUUUCUUUCAAUAAAGUAGCAACCACUACUGUGUCAUGGUGUGUUUUUCACACAAGACUGUUUUUAAUUUCUAACAAUGUGAUUUUAGAAGGAAUUGCUGAGCCACUUCAGGACAGUGAAUAUUGUAUGCUUAUAGAAAUUUUUGUGAUGUCACUUUUAAUAAUAAAAAAAUAAAAAUAAACAUUUUGAUUUUGAGCUGUG